AUGCGUACUCUGCUGGAUUGUGGGCGUGAAGAAUGUGCAGAUACUGCUCCAGUCUGAGAGCUUUUUAAUCCAUCAUAGUUUGCUCCCUUAGUUCUCUUUUUGAUAAAAUAUGUCUAAAGUAUCAGAUUCACCAUAUUUCGAUGGUAAGUGCUACUUAAGUAUUGUUCUUUGAAAAAUCAGCUUGACAUUUGCAUAGUUUGCCAAAAUCUUCUUAGAUCCUCUAUUUCAAAGCCUCCAGCCUCCCAGACCAGGCUAAAGCCCAAACAAACAGGCCAUACAGGAGCCUGAGGACAGUGUAACGCCUGCGAACGUGGAAUCACAACAGGAACAUCCACAAGGCACCUGUUCUAUCAGGGGUUACUUUUAUACACAAUUAAAAUCCAGAAACAUCUGAAUUUAGUGACAGUUGUCAUGCUGUUCAUUCGGUUGCACCUAUGGUAUUUGUUUGAUUAAAAUGCCGUCUGUCUCACACCACAACAAGAGGACAUGGUCUUAAAUUAGAGGGACAAAGGUUUAAAAAUAAUAUCCGGAAGUAUUACUUUACUGAGAGGGUAGUGGAUGCAUGGAAUAGCCUUCCAGCUGAAGUGGUAGAGGUUAACACAGUAAAGGAGUUUAAGCAUGCGUGGGAUAGGCAUAAGGUUAUCCUAACUAUAAGAAAAGGCGAGAGACUAAUGAAAGUAUUUUUAAAUAUUGGGCAGAGUAGAUGGGCCGAAUGGUUCUUAUCUGCCGAACAUUCUAUGUUUCUAUCGUUACACAUUGAUACCUGUGUCUGGGUAGCGCACUGCUUGCUGAUAUCCAGGAUUUAUACAUACUGGGCGUCCUGCUGGUGUCCGCUUUCAUGCUCUUAGCUGGAAAUGCAGCAAUAUAAUUCUAGGAAAUGUAUAUUUUCUCUGGUUCAUUUAGGUCUACUAGAUAAUAUUUGGUUUCAUGGUAUACUUUCGGACUUUAUUUCUACGUUUGAAAAAAAAUAUUUUUUUUUUCAUUAAGGCAGCAGUAUUCCUAAAUGUGCUGGGUGAAAUCUCUUCCUGUACAGAUAACUACUACUUGUGUUAAGUAGCUAGCUGAUUAUCUUUCAGACAGUUAUUAUAUGUCCCUAACAGACAGACAUCGGCUCCACUGAUGGUCCCUGGUGUGUGCAUGUUCUUUGUGUGUGACUUUAUGGAUAUGCAGUGGAUAAAAUGCUACAUUUCACUUGAGGACAAGCUGAUAGGUCACUAUUUAACACAUUUAAAAUCGUUGUAAAUAUCUCACUAAACAUCUUUACACAUCCUGUUUGGAACAGAAUUAAAGGAACAAGCUAAGCAUUCUGACUACUGCAGCUCACUAGUUCUAGAGAGCCCUGGGGCUGUCCACGGUUUAAUUUCGAACUGUUUAUGAAAAUCUGCUUUUUAUCAAAACGCUUGUGAACGGUUUACUAGUAAAUCGGCGAUGGGGCCGUGCGUUGGUUGCUUCGGGUAUCUGAAAGAGUGGUUUCUAUGCUGUACACCCCAUUUUCUAUAGUCAGGAGUUAUUUUCCUGGUCUAUAUGGGAUUGUGCUGUUAAUGGCCCCUUUACUCAGUGUUAGAGUGUGUUUGAUUCUUUGUCGUCCCACAAACUAAUUUAUCUUCUUAUUGUUUCCAGUAUGUUCAAGCUGAUUCUCCAACAAACAAAGCAUUGGCCGUGCUGAUUUCCCAGCUUCUACAGUUCCAGGAGGAAGCCUUUGGAAGACAAGUAACCAACCCUGCCUUCACCAAACUGCCUGUGAGUUUCUACAUAGUGACAGUCUAUGAUCAGAGCCUGUAAUGAUGUACCUGGACUGCACCUACCUGUAACAAAAAUCUCAUUAUGGGACUGAUCGCUGAUUGAAAUAAACGCACUGUUCCAAAGUGGGUUUGAACAGUCAUUGGCAGGUGUGACCAGGGCUGGCUAAGGAAAAUGUUUAAACUCCUAAAAGGCAGAGAAUUGAGCAGUGAGACUGCAAGAGCAUGACCUAUACACCAUAACCAUUUUAACGCCUUAAGAACCAAGCCUGUUUUGAGCAACACGUUUGUCACCAAGGUCUUUUUAGCACUUGCCAUGCGUUUUUAUUCAUUUGUUGUUUUUUUAAAUUUAAUUUAUACAUCUGUAUUUAGAUAUUUAAAAUUACACAUUAACAACAUUUUGUUCAAAUACAUAUAUUAAUUACUUAUUACAUUCAAACAUUCAAAACAAUCCUAGUAGUCGUACAUCAUUAGUGAUGUCCCGAACGGUUCGCCACGGAUUCAUCAUUGAGUAAACUUUGACCCUGUACCUCACAGUCAGCAGACACAUUCCAGCCAAUCAGCAGUAGACCCUCCCUCCCAGACAUCACUAUACAUCAUUCAUUCUGAUGCAGGUUAUUCCAAAGUGAAAUCCAAGUAGUUAUUAAUAUUUAGAAGUUGCUAUUGUCUCUCAACACUCAGUUGUUCUAUUGUUCCUUUUACGAUCGGAUUUGAAGUAAUCAGAAUAAAAUGUUGCUUGUUAUCCAGUCAAAAAUAUUCAAAGUGAGUAUGUGUUCUAGAAUCAUGGAUCUCUAUCUCCUUCCAUAUAUCAGGGGAAAUAUUUGAUCCAUCCCAAGCUAAACAGUGUGCAGCCAUACAGGCUUUCGUGUAUAGCCUUGACACCAGGAAAAGACCAGCCUCCAUUCCACCCCAGGGCUUUUUAUUGGCCUGUAUGAAACCAUAAAUGGAGGAUUGCAAUGUAUGUAGUAGCCAAGGGUUUACUUUAAAUGGUAUAUUUGUUUUGUUAAUAUAUCUAAAUGGUGUACAAAUAAAGUGGAUUUUUGCAGACACACUUUUUUUUUUUUUCUCUCUAAAGAUUGGUAAGUUAUGUAUUUUCUAAUGAGUUUUUUUGGUGUGUGUGUGUAAACAUCAAAGAAAAUCCUUUUAUGUCCUUGCAGGUAAAAUGCUUCAUGGAUUUCAAAGCGGGAGGCGCACUGUGUCACAUACUUGGGGCAGCUUACAAGCACAGAAGUGACCAAGGAUGGUACGUUCUAAAAUCUUCUCGAGCCCAAUGAUUGCUAAUAUGGAUUAGCAGAUAUCAUGGCUGUCCAAGUGCGGGGAAACUACAGGAGAAACAAUAGGGGAAACAAGUUUUGUUUUCCUGGCACUCUAGUUUCCCUUUAGGCAAUCUUAGCAGGUUUUAAGGAAAAAGACUCGUACAGUGUCUCCACCAUGGAAAGCUUCAUUAUUUCUUUUACCUUGAUUAUUCCCAGGAGGAGAUUCGAUUUACUGAAUCCAUCUCGGAUGGACCGCAAUGUGGAAAUGUUCAUGAGCAUUGAGAAAACAUUAAUGCAGGUAAUUGUAGUUACAAGUGUUUAGGAGGAUAUAGAAUAAUCCAUGCACUAACUUCAAGUCUACAUGGGGUAUAAUGACCAAAUAUCAUGUUAACAUUUAUUUCUGCUGUUGCAUGGUGAGAUCUGUUCACUAAGUGCGCACUCCUUCAAAAUAAACUGUCUUCUAGAACAACUGUCUAAGCAGACCGACUGUCUACCUCACGCCGGAGAUCGACCUGAAGUUGGCCAAUAAACUGAAAGAUAUAGUGAAACGUCACCAGGUACAGCUUUUAUAGCAUUCUUUAGAGAUGUUAAUAUACCUUGUUAUACAAGUACAUUGUUUAUUUUAUUUAUCGUCUGUCCUUGUUCUUGCUCCUUAGGGAGCAGUGACUGAGGAGAAACAGAAGGCUUCUCAUCACGUGUAUCCUGUUCCUACCCCACUGGACGAAGGUAAGUGAGACACAAUAAGUGGUAACACGGUGAAAGCAGGGCCUGACCAGGAUUCACAUUUUAAACGCUAACCCGUGAAUGGACUCUGUCAGGGUUAUUUACUAGAGAGAGUGUUUUACGUUUAAAACCAUAAUAGCCAAAAUGCAAAAUUCUCCCAACUUGCUUAUACUUCCAGAUCAGCUUCUGGCAAUUCUCAAUUUGGUGAAUAACCCUGUGGGUCUCAGUUUCUGCAGUCUAAUGAGAUUAGGAUUACCUCGAUUUAGUAUCUGUGACAUAAGAUCACAAUGACAAAACCUUCUGAACCAUUUGUAAGUGGUUCUUGCUUUUGUUGAGUUUUUUUUCUUGUGAACUUAGUCAUUUGACAAAUAUAGGAAGGUAUCCUGAGAUAUCUGAGAUCACAGUAGUUGUUCUUUGGAACCAUAAAAUGAAUAGAAUCCACAAAUCAACAGGGAACAUGAGGUUUAAAACAGGUGAGACCCUCAACCCAAUGUGAAGGACACAUUUGCUUUGGUUCUGUCGUAGAAGUAGGUGGGAGUGUAUUUUAUUAGAAGAAAAAAUAAAUCCCUGUGGGCCAGGUAAUGUUCAUGUUGGUUCUUGUGUCUUAACGUUUUCUGUUUCUGUGAAUUUCAGAUGAGUGGUUGAGACCCGUCAUGAAAAAAGACAAGCAGGUUCUUGUACACUGGGGAUACUACCCAGACAGGUAAAGACGAUUGUCCAUAUUGUGACUUUAUUAAUGGCUUCGGCAAAAGACAAGCUUUAAAGGACUGCCCUAAAACUGUAUUUCUAACACUACAGAGUCUCUCUGACUCCGCGUUCCAGGAAAGGCUUAAAUAAUCCUUUAAAUACUUAAAUGAUUUGGACCUUGGCACUUGAUCAUGCUCCUUCUCCCUCCCAUUAGGUCUUCACCCUUAGGUAAGCAUUGAGCCGGUGCUUUUCUAUGGGGUUUGGCAAUGCACUAAAAGUCCUCAUGCACAGCAUGACUACAAUGACGUCCGGUGUCAUUUUACUGAGUUAAACUCAAUGAAAUCGCAGAAAGCACCUCUAGUGGCUGUCUGGUAGACGGCCACUACAGGCAGUCUUAACAAGGCAAUGUAAACAUUGCAGUUUAUUUGAAACAUCUUUUGCGUUGCAGAGCUAAGGGGAUAGUUGUCUGGGUGCCUAUAGUGUCCCUUUAAAUAUAUUUAUUUUUUUAUGGUAUCCUUGGAGCCAUUGCACUUUGUGAGGUCUUUCAGCUUGCACGUUCUAUCAAAUAUUUGAUGCCCAUGCUGUGUGUAUCUGUAUUUGUAUGUGUAUAUAUUGCACACGCGCAGUAAAUGUCAUGUGUACUCUAAGCACUAUACCCACAGUGGUCUGUGUGAUUCCCUGGCACUGUCCUAUGGCACGGAGUCAGACCAUUUUGUGAUGUCUGCAGUUACCAGGUUCCCUUGGGCACAGAGUUCUUUUGCCAUUCUGUGAUAUUGCUAAAGUGCAAGUUCCCGUUUCACUAAACCAAUAUUAUUGUCCCUUUUGGACUAAAUUCAUUAUCCGAGAGCAUAAGCUGGCGUUCUUAGUAUUUUCAUGAGUGGUUCACUUGUUGCUGCCCUGUACACUGAGCAAGAUCAUAUUGGUAGAUUUUUAACCUGCAUCUACCUUCUUUAUAGCUAUGACACCUGGAUUCCCUCCACUGAUUUAGAUGUUGAAAUAGAAGAUCCACCAAUUCCAGAAAAACCGUGGAAGGUAAGUUAGUUGUUAGUAUUUAUAGUCUUCCAGUGGCUAUGGCUGUUUUAUAAUUAGAUUGUAAGUGUUAUCUUAACGUUUGCAAGUUGUUUGUGCUGAUGCUUCAAAUCCCUCCAUCCACCAAAAUGUGUCUGGGGUUUUCAAAUCUGUGUAAGUGUCCCUAUUUCCUCACCAACUAUAAAUCUAUAAUAUGUGGAAUUGCUAUAUGUAAAUGCUGUACACGUGUACAAUGAGAGGAAAAUGUUGAGAUAAUGCUUUGUUCAUAAAGUGUCUGCACCUGUAUGAACAUGAUAUUAAGGUUAUUUAAAACAUUCUUUGUAUAAUAAAGGAAAACUCAUUUUUAUUACUUAAAUAUGUUGUUGUAGCCCUUUUAUAUUUUGUAAAUAUGUAUAAGUUAAUGAGAUCCAAAGAGGGGAGCGCACACGCCUUCUAAAUUAAACCACUUAGGUGCAACUAGUCAGGGUUGGCGUUACCCCUGUUCAAUGUACCAAUAGAGUCGCCCAUGCUCUUCAAGUAGUUCAGGUGGUAAUUAAAGCAAAAGGGCCUGUAUUAUAGAGUCCAACUGUUACUUGGACUACCACUAAAAGGCUGCUCCCUUUUGAACUACUUGGAGAGCACAGGUGACUUUCUAUUAGAAUAUGUAUGUUAAUAACUUUUUCAAAGUUAAUUAUCUGGUUUACUAGUGCUUUGUGUGGGUGGCCAUCUUUGUUUCCUGUUUUUGAAGUGCCCCUUAUCUGCUAGACCAUGUCCAAUGCGGAGGUCUGUAACCUACCCAUUAUUUAUGUUUGAGAUAUCCUGCACUUGUGUAUGAUGUCAGAAGGUGUCCGUGCACGCUAGUGUUUGGUCAGAUAAGCGGUGCUUCCAACCAAAAGAUUUUAAAAAUGGCUGCGCUAUAGAGCUUUGAAGGCAAGACUGAAGAUACACGUGAAUGAUUAAUUUACUUAUAUGAAUGCAUUGCAGAAGGUAUAUAGGCUUAGUGGAAAGAAUUUGGAUGUGAGAUGUUUUAUUGAUUUGAGCUUGCUUUUUAUGUCCUGUGCAGACACAUUUAUUUCAAGCCAUGUGACCUAACAUGAAAAAACUGGAGCAGGGGCAAGAAACAUUUAAACUUCUGUUAAUGUUUAUUGAUGCUGAGCUAUUGAUCUGCUUUAAACAUUUCUCUAUCUACAAUCAUACAUUAUGGACAACAUAUGAUUUAUUCUUGUUGGUUGUAGGUGCAUGCAAAAUGGAUAUUGGACACAGAUAUAUUCAAUGAGUGGAUGAACGAGGAAGACUAUGAGGUGGACGAGUCUAAAAAGGCAACUAAUUUCCGCCAGAGGAUUUCCGUAAAGAACGAAGAGGUAAAGUGGGAUUUUAGAGUUUAUAUUAUUAGCUGUGGCUUUAAAGAAAUUUAUGAAUACUUCUUUUUUUUUUUUUUUAAUGACCGUGUGUGUCCUAAAAUCGCUCUCAAGUCUUUCUACCUUUUGGUGAUGUGUGAAUUUAUUUUCCCCUCCUAAAUAUUUGCAUAUUUAGGCUGUACGAAGCCCAGAGAGGAAAGACCGAAGGUCACUUGCUGGUGCUAAGAAAAGGAAGCGCUCUCCUUCCCCACAGACGCCAGCAGAGUCCAGAAAAAAGCCAGGCAAGAAAGGGUACGUAUUGAUGAUAAAAGGAAGUGUGUGGUACAUGGACACAGAUAUGUAUCACUGGAAGCCGCUUUUGCCACGGCUUUAGUGAAUGUGUUCUUUUCAACCGUUUCCUUUUUAAUGAUGUAGCAGUCACCGCAUAGUAAAAGAAACUCAAUAGUUUGUUUUUGGAUGAGCCGAUAGCCCCUCCGUCUGUUACCUAUUGGCCUGUGGAAAUGGUUGUUCUGGGCUGGAUUUGGUAUGGCUCUGUAAACCGAUAAAGUGAACAUCCACCAUAAAACUAAAUCCAUGAAUAUGCAGCACAUUAAAGGGAUACGGUUAUUUUUUUUUUUGUAUUAAACUGAGACAAAGACAAUCUGUCUGAGGAGCUGCACUUUAAUCACGUUUGGCAACAUUGAGAAACUGCCAAUACAACAUCCUGUCUGUGACAUUGGACGGUCCUUUAUAUUCACUCAGAUUGUACUGCUAAUCAUCUGAGUUAUUGUUUACAUGUCAUGCUGAGUGACCGGAUAGGAAAUAACAUUAAAAAAACAAGCUUGUAUAUCUAUAAGAAACCCACACAACCCGUUCUGUCAGGUUAUGUCCUAUUCUCAGAUGUGACAAUUCCAUUUUUAAUGUUGAACUUUUUAUUUUUAGCCCUGGUGGUCUGUAUGGGAGGAGGAGAGGACAGAGGGAUGAUGAUGAACAAGAAGACCUGACAAAAGACAUGGAGGACCCCACACCAGUCCCAAACAUGGAGGAAGUCAUUCUACCAAAAAAUGGUAAGAGUUUUACAUCCCUUAAACAGACUCUGUACACAAAUACAUUAAUAUGUAUUAUUUAAUCCUCCAGGUCACUUCAUUCUGUGGCGUUAGAGCAUUUCUGUGAGAGGAGUAAAAAGCACAAAGUAUUGAAUCUGCCAGCCCUCCGUGGGUCUGGAGAGUAGGCAUCCCCAGGGGUCAAGUUCUAAUCUCCUUUGUAACACUUUAGAGCUAAGGUCUAACAUUUCCCUCCAGUAUCCCCUUACUUUUGGGCAGUGCCACCACAUGUGUAUGUAACUACCCUUUUCUUCGCAAAGACGCCAACAUGUAUCAGUGGGACUCAGUCUCAUGUGACAUUGCUUGACUAGUGUCGUGUACUACCUACAUAGCGUUUUGUAGCAUUGCUAGGGGAUAUUUGAGCUUCAAUGGAAUUGGGAACUGCUGGACAUGUCCUACUUAUGGGCCAUACUACGAGGUAGAUCCGCCCCCAUGAGCAGGAAUUCUAUGUCCACCUAUCUCCUAUAGUCUGGGGGUGAGUUCCACUGUAUAAUCAAAGUCACUUUGGCCUCUAGAUAGUAAUGGUGCGGGAGGCCCAGUCCACCCACACACCUGGGAUGAUACAAUAGACCACCGGGCUAGUCUGGGUUGCUUUUUCUGCCAUAUGAAUGAGUCUGUUGCAUUUUGCAUACACGGUUCACUGGCAGUGACUGCAACAUGAACAGUAGUUUCGGCAGGACAUUCAUUUUCAGAGUGCAGGCGCCCUAGCCAAGAGAUGGGCUUCUCCAUCCACUUCUCCAGGUCGCCCAUGAGAGUGUGGAACAACUGGGUGUAAUUGUCUGUAGACAGCGGCGGGGUCAGCUGUCAGGAUAACUCCUAACUGCUUGAAUGGUGUUGUGCGCACGUGGGGUCGGUUUGCUUACCCCUUAGCACUAGCUCUAUAUAGGAGCUCUGAUAUUUGUUUGAAGCGUUUUGGGGGCAAAUUAAUCUGGAAAGGUAACUAUAUACAAUGCAAAAUCAUAAUGAAAAUGUGUUGGCCUUCAGAAAGAAAGAUGAGGGUGGGGGGGUUGCCGAACCCGUGGGGAUCUUAAACCGACUGGGGGGCUUGGGCCGUGGGCAUUGUAGAUGGAAAUUAUGUCUAUGGGGUGCCUCUGGAUUUCACUCUUAAGUUUGCUGCAGCACCUACAUAGUGAAAGGAGUCGUAUUGAGCCCACCCGACUGUUAUAAGUGGCCCGAGCCCACAAAGCCUUGUACUGCAUAAGGACUAUAUUUGAACCCCGAUCUGAGACACUUAGCUGAUUCCUAAUCUCUGGGGACUCAGACAGUUCCUGGAAUCAGUUCUGACGGUGAUGUGCCCUUACAGGUUCGCCGGCGUCUCUCAAGCUUGGGCCUGAAGGGAUUCUUGUAUGGUGUACCAGUCUCUUGGUAGGGUGACAAGCUCCGGGCGGGUUGACUUGGGGAGGGUCAGCUCUGAUGGUAAGCCUAUGCCCAGUUUAAGGAGUAAUGGGGCCAGGUCGGCCCCCAGUAGUAGUGUGGUAGUUCUCCCGUUCUGGAUAGCGACCAGCUUAAAGGGAUACUCCAGGCACCCAGACCACUUCUGCCCAUUGGAGUGGGCUGGGUGCCAACUUCCACUACCCUUAACCCUGCAAGUGUAAUUAUUGCAGUUUUCAUAGUCCUCUACUAGACAGCCACUAGAGGAGACUUCCGUGUUCAUAGAACACGAAAAGUGUUUUAAGACUAUGCUGGACAUCCUCAUGCUAUAGGAGGACCUCCAGCGUCGCUUUAAUCCCCAUAGGAAAUCCUUGACUUCCUGCCAGCUCCACGUUAUUUCGCUGGCUAAAUAGUUUGACUUCUAGAAGCUUGGUAAGUAUUUGUGAGGCUUCGCUUGUUGUCACUUCAGGCGUUUCUCUGCCCGCUGUGGAAGCUGGUGAGAGGGAGCCGUGCAAACUAAGACGGUGGCCAUCUUGUGCGACGUCGCGUGAGGCGGCGAAUAGGUCUGCCACAGUUAAGUAGGUGUCCUUUACUACCCCUCUCUUUUUGCACGCUGGUUUUGCUCCGGAGCCCAUGGUGGACAUGGUGCUCCUAUUUGCGGUGAUUUGUGCAAUCUGAUGCUGCUGGUGAGUGCUAGAUACAGAGUGGAGACCAUAUUGCUUUAAGACUUUAGGACUUUUUUUUUUUUUUUUGGUAACCGUAACCUGCGUUCACAGGGCCGUGCACAACUUACACUAAAUCCAGUGCUUCCCCAUGGUGCCCAUUUGAGCACUUUGUGUCCUCAUACAACGCGGUAGGAUGACCUUAUCUGAUGUGGUCAUUAAUAAACACCCUCAGGAAGACAGCAACAAGGAGUUUGUUUAGCCUCGCAAUGAUAACAUUGCCAUAUAUUCAUUGUGAGACAAUAUAUGUUGGUCGUAUUUCUGCAGUAUGAUCUCUCAGUUCUGUCUCUGAACACAUGUGUAUAUAUGUAUAUACUGUUAUUUUUCUCUUGUUCUACCUCUGCUUUUGCUAUUUCAAUGCCCAUCGCCUGUUCCCAUAUCUGUGCCCUGACUGUUUGUCUUGUUGUGUUUAGUGAAUACCAAGAAGGACAGUGAGCACACACCUGUAAAAGGAGGCGUGGUGGCCGAUCUAGGUGAGUGCCCAGUACGCUGACAAUGCUUCUCAUUUUGGGGUUUUUAAGUGGUUGUAUCCCCUGACUGCCCACCUCAGACAUUUUUUUUGUAUCUUACUGAUUAUACUCCCUUCCUCGCCACUUGCCUUAUCUUUUCUUCUACGUGGCAGAAGAAAAUGCCUGGGUGCAGACCUUUUUACUUCUCAUUUGUCCAUUAUGUCUGUGGGAUUAAUUUUACUGAUGGGUAAAUUUGUCAACUGAAACGGUCUUGCUUUAAACUCCACCCACUGCCAAGUUUGUCCAAAGUGACGGAUAUACAUAAGGAAACAUCCUUUUUUAUUUUAUAAAACUAGAGCACUCAGGAGAAAAGUUUCAAUCACAGUGAUUUUAUAUAGAAACAAAGAAGAUGAAGUUUAUUUUUUGGUGGCAGUCACUUUAACUAUCCCUCCCAUCCCAGUGAUUACUAGUGGCCACCGUGACAACAGUGCUAUAUAGAGAGACUACAUUUCCACAGUGACCGCGGCUGGCUGUUUGCUUCCAUUAUUCCACCGCGAUGCUCUCUGCUAAUUGUGUGCUUGCUCUUUAUUUGCAGAUGAACAGGAUGAAGACGCUGUAGCUGCAGUUGGAAAGGUACGUGUUUGUCAGUUUGAUAGUUUGUGUAUCUACACAGACAGGUUUUAAUGUGCUAUCCUUCCCAAUCUGUCUCUAGGAGGAGGAUGAUCCAAGCAGAGGAGAUCAGAGCAGAAUGAUUGACAAUGGCGAAGAUAAUGUGACAGAGCAGACAAACCAUAUCAUCAUCCCAAGCUAUGCAGCGUGGUUUGAUUAUAACAGGUACGUUGGUCGUCAUGCUCCUGCCACGUGCUGGACCUCCAGGUGUCCAUCCUGGUUAUUUUCACACCUUCCCGGGGAAUUGCUCUGCAUAGUGUCACUAAUGUUUAGCAAUUGGCAACGUUUUUUUCCUUUAAACUCUGCAAACAACUUGUGGCUUCAAUUCAUUCCCUUGUAUUAUGGAUUUUGUACUUGGUUUGAUUUGCUUGCAUGCAUUUUUCUUUUCCAGCAUUCAUGUGAUUGAACGACGGGCUCUCCCGGAAUUCUUUAAUGGAAAGAAUAAAUCAAAGACCCCGGAAAUGUGAGUGCCCUCAGCAGUUCUGUUACACUGAUAGAAUCGCAGACUGACAAAACUGUUUGAUUAAAUCAUGUAAUAUUGUCUGUGUAUGACUAAAUAAAAUGACUGUUGUGCAUUACCAUUGUACCUGAAAUUCCUUAAAGGACACAAACUCGAGAAAUUCCCAGCUUGGCCUGUAAAUUAGCUCAGUCAGUUGUCCAUUUUUGCAGAUACCUUUAGCGAUGGACACAGUUGUAAACAUGGCUUUUUAAAAAGAAAACAAAAAAAACGCUUGGGUUGAGUCAGAAAUGCAGUUGUGUUCUCUCUACCCCAAAUGCUUUCUCAAAAACUUAAUUCCAUUUAACUGCAGAUAAUUUAGAAUGCGGAAUAUAAAUGAUUUACCCUAGUCAGGCAAUACCUUUUAUGGGUUAUAUAUUUUAAACUCACUUUAAUGAAGGGGUUGUUCAAUCAUUUGAUAAAUUAAAUAAUUAUAUAAUGGUUUACUGAUUUUUAUUGUCAAUCGUGUUUGAAUUGUUUUUUUUUUUCUCUUCUAAUUUGCUCAGAUACCUGGCGUACCGUAACUUCAUUAUAGACACAUACCGUCUGAACCCUCAGGAGUACUUGACAAGCACAGCGUGCAGGCGGAAUCUAACUGGCGAUGUUUGCGCAGUGAUGAGGUCAGCAGAUGUUUCUUUGUUUCAUUGCAAGAAUGUUUAGGUUAAAAAAAGUGAUCUGCUUGUUUGGUGUUUUUUUUUUUUUUUUUUUUUUUUUUUUUUAAUUUUUUUUUUUUUUUUUUGUUUUUUUUAUUACAGAGUGCAUGCUUUCUUGGAACAGUGGGGCCUGGUUAAUUACCAAGUGGAUGCAGACUCACGCCCCAUGGCUAUGGGUCCUCCCCCGACCCCUCACUUUAAUGUACUUGCUGAUACACCCUCUGGAUUGGUGCCUCUACAUAUGAGGACUCCUCAGGUAUAAGACUUGCAUUAACUAGCAGUGUCUGUUUCUUCACUUGUUGUAGAUACUAUAAACUCAAGUAUGUUUUGCUUUGUCAGGUACCAUCUGCUCAACAGAUGUUACAUUUUCCUGAGAAGAACAAAGAUAAGCCCACAGACCUUCAGAACUUUGGCCUUCGCACUGAUGUAUAUUCUAAAAAGACUUUGGCAAAGGUAAGAGCUGUAACGUAACCUCUCCCUAGUAUCUCCUUGGCAGGAUCCAUAGAAUGCCCUCUAACCCAGUCCCUACACUGGCAAGAUCCAUAGAAUGCCCUGUAACCCAGUCCCUACACUAGUAGGAUCUAUAGAAUGCCCUGUAACCCAGUCUCUACACUGACAGGAUCCAUAGAAUAUACCUCUGCUUAUGUGCCUUCUGAUCUCUUAAACAGAGCAAAGCCGGCAGUGCUGGAAGGGAAUGGACGGAACAAGAGACGCUGCUGCUGCUUGAGGUGAGACUCUUAAUUGCAGCCUUUAUUCUCUGAAAGUGAUUCACAUAGAAGUUUGUAUUUGUAAAAACAGCCAAGUAGUGCUUAGAUGAGAUCUCUCCACAAUUGCCGUUGUAUGAUGUAACCGGUUUUAGCAUGGUGACUCUUUCAGAUAUAUUUUUAUCCAUUAUAAAAUAAUUUUUAGCCAUUUCCCUGUGUGGUAGUGGGGUUUUCACAGCGCAGGGCAUGCCAUGUUCUACAUUAGUUUUGUUUGGAUUGCUGCCGGUAGCCUGAUUAAAAUAAUCUGCUUUUUUCCAGCCACAUCUAGAACUGUUGAAAUGGCACUGGACCACAAAAUGUAGAGACCUUUAAAAAUGAUAUUAAUUUAUUUUAUCAUGAAACAGACAAAUUUUAGAUCUUAGUUAGUAAUGUGUCCAUUGCACCAAAUUCCAAUAUCUACAGUUUCUUUGUAAUGUAGAGCAAUGUGUGAAGUGCUGCCCAGCACUACAUAAAAUACACAAGUUACUUCAAGGAAUUCGGUUUGUCCUGUUUUCCUUUGUGGUGUGCUCAGCAGGCAGAUGUCUAUUAAUCUUCCCUCUUGUGUAUUAACCUAAAUCCUAUGUUUGUAGGCCUUGGAAAUGUAUAAAGAUGAUUGGAAUAAGGUGUCUGAACAUGUCGGGAGUCGCACUCAGGACGAAUGCAUUCUCCACUUCCUACGACUGCCCAUCGAGGACCCAUACCUGGAGAACUCGAACGCGUCACUCGGACCUCUGGCCUACCAGCCAGUCCCAUUCAGCCAGUCUGGGAACCCAGUCAUGAGCACGGUUGCUUUCUUGGCCUCCGUUGUUGAUCCCAGAGUAGCAGCUGCUGCGGCCAAGGCAGCUUUAGGUACUGAUUGAAGGGUUAAAAUGCUCUCAGAUUAUACACAAGGCUUUCCUGAUAAACUGAUGUUAAAUCAGCCUGAGCUUUUAUAAAUGCAAACUAGACGGUACAAUUUGUGUCGUUACAAUCUGUAUGUAUUGCCAUUAAGAAUUGUAUGGAAAUGUGUUUUAACUCCUUGGAGAGCUGUGUAUUGUAACAAGAAUAUAAUUGUGAUAACCCAUAGAUAGAAUGAGUUCUGUCUGCAUGAUAUGAUCGUUUUAUGACCGUGCUUGUCUUUGCAGUGCUGGUUUGACGGCUCUUUCAUAAUGUGCUCUCAGAGCUUGUUGCUAUUAGGUAGGAAUGCAAAUACAUUGUAAAUAAGCCAAAUGGAUUCUCGUUACCUGGGUGAGAACAUCUUGUUGCAGAGUGUUUGCCUAUACAUCUAAUGCCUUAUUGUGUUUUUUCACUCUUAACUGAUGUAAUCUCUCUGCUCCCCAGAGGAAUUCUCCCGUGUACGUGAGGAGGUGCCACUGGAACUGGUUGAAGCACAUGUUAAAAAAGUUCAGGAAGCAGCUAAAGUGCUGGGCAAAGUAGAUCCCACCUAUGGGCUGGAGAGCAGCUGUAUCGCUGGCACUGGUCCAGAUGAGCCGGAAAAGACAGGUAAGCUGUAGGUCGAAACAUACCCAAAUGUACAGGAAGCACCCUAUUUAAAUAUCUGGGACAUACAAUAUCAUUGCAUAACUGGGUUUAGGUAUAAAAAUGGAACUGUUUCCUUACACCAAGUAUGAUCUGUUUUACAUGUUGCUGCCUGCAUGGAUCGGCUUUAUACAGAAAAAUCAUUAAAAGGCCCUUAUGUGGGAUUAUACCCUAUGUCUUUUUAAAAAAGUAAAUAGGUUGGCAAUAUACAUCUAAUAAUGGCGUCACAUAAAAUGAGACAUCGACUUUUGUAACAAAGUAAAAGAAUGCGUUCUGCAACAGAAAUAUAGUGAAUGAAUGCACAUUUCAUGUGAGGUGCACAGCUCCAAAAUAUGUUUUAGACACCAAGACCCUAAUCGGUAUUUAGGUGUAAAUUUAUGGCAGCCAAACUGUGCCUGUAGCUUCUUUAAAAAAAAAAAAAAAAAUUAUAUAUAUUUUGAAUUAACUCUGUGUAUUUCAGUUCCAUCCAGUUGAGGUUUAGUGAAUAUCCCAGGUGUAACCAUGUUGGGUCUAAUCCAUCCUCCCCACCCAGAGUAUCACUGUGUUAUUACUGUCUGAUACCUGAGAUAUUGUCAAUCGAUCGGUGGAGAACUUAAAUUGCAUUUUUUUCAUGCUUUUUUUGUUUUUUUUGUUUUGUUUUGUAGUGGAGCCUGCUGAAGAAGAGAAGAUGGAAACGGAGGCUCCUGUGGCCCCACAAGCUGAUAAAGUGAGUAUAUCAUGUGCCUGUCGCAUGUCACGCUGACUGGGUGCUCUGUAUUACUCUGGGUUUUAUCGUGUAAUUAAAGGGGAGUCCAUUCAUCAAGUAUUGCAAGGAAUUCUUGCAAUAGAAAAUGAGAAACACGUGUAUUUUUAGUGAUCCUUUAGCCAUAUACAAAAUAUAUAAAAUUUUCUUCAAGUCUCAAAGAAUGACAUCUUGUCCUCUGUACCGUCCUCUGUAUAUGAGCAGACUGCCAUAUAGCUGUUUAUGUUGUAUGUGUUUGUAUCUAGAAAUAGGAAAAAGUUAGUAUGAGAAUGUGACAAGCUACAUAAUUAAAUGGAAAAUAAAACUUGUAAAACUUGUGGGAAUAUAAUGUUAUCAGGGUUUGUUUUGUUUUGUUAUCUGGGAUGUGUGUCGGUUAAACUAUAUUAUUAGUUCUCUGUUAGAAACUCAUUAUUGUUUCUCUAAAAUCAUGGCAGUUGGAUGUCUGAUUCGGAGUUGGUGGCCUUGUUUUAAUGUUUUUUUUUUUUUUUAUUUUGGGUGGGUUUCAGGGUGAGGUGAAAAAUGAGAAGACGAGUGAAGCUGAGCCCUGCGAGAAAGCUGAAGGAGCGGCUGAGAAAAACCCAGAGGAAGAGGAAACAGAACCCACGGAGGAGGAGAAGCCAGGUAUAUUUUCAGUGUCCUGUAUGUGGCCCAGACUUUAAAGAACUUUGCUGUGUCUUGGUAUUUUGUGGCUUUAUUUACCCAAUAAGGACCCAGAAACCGUUUCGACAUUGAUGGUUCCUCAAAGCUUAAAGACCGCAAGUUCAAAACUGUUGCCGGUUCUUUGAAUGAAUAAAAGCGCAAGCUGUGUUUCUCGGUUCCCCAGUCUGUACAUUGUGACAUGUUCCCCAGUCUGUACAUUGUGACAUGUUCCCCAGUCUGUACAUUGUGACAUGUUCCCCAGUCUGUACAUUGUGACAUGUUUCCGUUAAAUUAGCAUUCUUAGAGUGCUGAUUCUCAUAUCCCAGUCGCUCUAUUCAUGUUCUGUUUUCUAGAAGACGAAGAAACUGAAGAUAACAAGGAGAAUGUUGAGGCAUCCAAGGAGUGCGAUCCAGUGAAGAAGAAGAUAGAAAAUGAUAUUUCCGAAGGAAAUGUAGCAAUGGCUGCUGCAGCUGCUCUCGCCUCUGCAGCUACAAAAGCAAAGGUUAGUGAUGUCUGGGCUGCUGUGGGUGGGAGUAUAUGCACAGGUGGUAAGGGUCAGGAAUAAUUAGGAGCAGUAGACUGGCAUGGUAAUAUGGAUUGGGCGUUGUUGGGGACCGUAUGGUAAAAUGAGAUGCGGGUGGUACGGUGACAUGGUCCAGGCAUGGUUAAAGGUGGACCUACGAGUCAAGGAUGGUAUGGUGAUAUGGAUUAGGCGUGGUUGGGGCAGUUAGAUUAGUAUGGUGAUAUGAUAUAGAUUGGGCGUGGUUGGGUCAGUUAGGGUGAUAUAGAUUGGGCGUGGUUGGGGCAGUUAGGGUGAUAUUGUAAUAUGGAUUGAGGUUGGUUGGGGCAGUUAGGGUAGUAAAGUGAUAUGGAUUGGGCAUGGUGUGGGCAAUAUAGGGGUUACAUGGUGAUAUGCUAUAUUUGUUUGUGCUCUGUAGCAUCUAGCAGCAGUAGAAGAACGCAAGAUCAAGUCCCUUGUGGCCCUGCUGGUGGAAACUCAAAUGAAGAAACUGGAAAUCAAGUUACGGCAUUUUGAGGAGCUUGAAACCAUCAUGGACCGAGAAAAGGAAGCUGUAAGUGUCUUCAAACUCCCGUUUGGGCAUUGAGAGAGGGUAUUUGGUUUAAUGCAGCAUGAUUUGUGAUCAUUAUCCCCCUUUGUCGCCUGACCGUUUCAGUCACCCACGUUCAGUCAUUAGCACUGUGUGUUUCUUUUAAAUUAUGUUUUGGGGCUCAAGGAAUAAUCUGACUUUUAAAUGUUUGUCUCUUUUACAAAAACAUGAUUUUAGAAUUGCCAGUGUUCUGUAUUAAAUUGUUUCCUUUCACGUCGUCCAACUAAAAUGACAAAACUCCCCCCCUUUCAAUCACUAAAUAUUCCUGACUGUAAGCAUGCAGGGUGCCUGUUUUAGGUCUCUGUUCUGUUUCCCCAAGCAUUGUCCACCACCUGGGAUCCCCUGAUUUGGGAUCUGGAGUAGUUAGCCCUUGUCUUUUUAUAGGUUUGAUCAGCUAGCUGUGUAUGUCCCUUCCAUUGAGAUAUUAAAUACUAUGUUUGCAGAUUUCUUUCCAUAUGAUAGUUUUCAAGUCAGAUUUACCGGCCUAUUGUUUAAUCAUUAUUCCAAUUCCCUGCAAACCGUUUGAUCUGCUGCCAAAAUACAAACCUUUAUCAUCCAAGUAAGUUUGAAGGAAGUGAACAGUCCCUUACUCUGGUGUAGCUGUGAAAUGAGAAGGAGGUCUGAAAAUAAUCAAUUACUAUAAACAUAACAAAAAUGGACGAGUUUUCUUAUUUGAUAUUGCAGUUACAUUCACCCACCAGCAAGCGUGUCCUUACCUUUUACUAGCUCUGCAUAGGGCAGAGGUGCCCAAAAGGUAAAAUUGUAAAACUGCAACUCCCCUGCCUUAGAAUGGCAAAGCACCGUGGAAGCUGUAGUUUUAAAACAACUGGGGAUCUACCUUUUGGGAACCCCAUGGUUUAACUCUGAGAUAUGGUGAUGCUUUCCAUGGUCCCUUCCAAGGAGUGUGACAUGUUGCCGAGGCUAGUGACCUACUUUUUUAGUUAAGUCUGGCAUCAUGUACUAAAGGUUUGGAAAUACUGGAUCUCUGAUCCUCCUGCAUUCCUUUCUGUUUUUACUAUACUGUAUCUGUCUUGUGCAGCUGGAACAACAGAGACAGCAGCUACUGAAUGAACGCCAGAACUUCCACAUGGAGCAGCUGAAAUACGCCGAAAUGAGAGCACGUCAGCAGAUGGAGCAGCAGCACGGACACAACGCACAGCACCAGGCGGGCACCACUGGACCAAGCAUGGGUCACAUGGGGUCACCAGCCCUUCCUGGAAUCAUGGGGCAGCAGCAACAGCCCCCACCCUAUGCAGUGCAUCACCCAAUGCCACCACCCCAUCCAUCACAGACAGGUAAGAUCUCUACCCAACGCGGUGGGACAUCACGGGAGACAGUGGUCAGAAUUUAGAUGCAUUUAUAGAAGCUGCUUUUGUAGUGCUUUGACUGUAGGCUACAUGGAGAUUUACUAGCUCACUGCAGAAUGGUGCUCAUUCAAAGGGAUAUCACAUCAUUUUUACUUUCAACAAAACUUCCAAUAUGAUUUCUGAAAAAAGUAACGUCCAUUUCUUAAAAAAAAAAAAAAAAAGUUAGCAUCUGUAAAUAAAAGUAGUUACACAUGGCUGAGACGUUAGUUCUGGGUUUUGUUUUAUAUUGUGCCCCCUCAUUCUAUUGGUAUGCCCCCUGGCAGUGAGUUCAGGCUGCCAUAAAACUUCUUUACUUCAGUAUUGCAGACUCAGCCAUAGCACAGCGGGAUCCUUUGACACUUUUUAUGCUGUCAUCCUGGAACAUGUAAACUAAGCUGCUCUGCCACUGCAGUCCGCUGGCACUCUCUUCCUUCACAGUGAUCUUAUUGAUCCUGUGCAGCUUAACAAUUACUUCCCGAGCAGGCCAAGCUCACAGAGGCCAAUAUACAGUUUGUCUUAACUGGAUCAGAGCUUCCAGGAUCCACUGUGCUUUUCUGGGCAGGUCACUUCUUCUGUUCCUGGGCUGUACAGGAAGUGUUUUGUAACAUCUAUCAGGAAUGACAUACAGUCAGGAAAGAGCCAAGAAGAACGGCCUUGAUUAGCUCACGGACAUCCUUCUUGCAGCAUAUUAAUGGUUUCCCCCUGUAGCUAUGGCAGUGUCCCACAUGAGAGAAGUCCUAUGUCUAGCAAAUGAUUAUGGUCCUGCAAUCCUUACCCUCACUGUGACUGAAGACUGGUGUCUAUCCAUGAGACACAGCUGAUGUUGUUAUAGGUGUAUGAGCUCCAGCAUUGGCUUUGAGUUUUCAGCCAUUCUGGAAUUGAAGAGCACUCUUUACUCUUGGAACAAUUUGUUUCAUAAAAGUGCUUUGCUGCCCACCGCACAGCUUCACAUUGUGGGCCCACAGCAAAGCAACCAUUCAGAUCGCCAAGUGCAGCAGAUCCCAUGCGAGCGCUCAGUCGAGCCCAAAAGGCUAUAAAGAUUCCAGAGAUCAUCAAAGCACUGUAGAGGCAGCUAAAUUUAUGGGGUAUGAUCUUCGAAAAUCUACCAUUAAAGUAGGUCAAAUGCCGAAGCUCGCUCAAGAUGCGUCUGUCCAGCAUAGCAGUUAGGUCCCGCCUUUUCAGUGUUUUAAUGUUAAUAGAAUUCUCUUAUAUCCUCUCUUAAUGCUUGUAUUUAUUCAUUUCCUGAUCUCUUUCUAACUGGUUCGAUUAAUUUUGUCAAUGAACUAUUGUAGGUCAGAUGCCUGGUCCAAGUUCCAUUAUGUCUGGACCUCCUGUGCCACCUCGUAUGAUGCCCAAUAUGCAUCCACCUGGAGGACCUCACCCCCCUCCUCCAGCUGUACCACCAAUGCCGAGCAACAUCGCUGGACCGCGUGCACCUGUGGCUCCUAAUGGCAUGUGUAAGGCAACUGUUUUAUUUACAUGGUCUGCUUUUAGACAUUGCCCAAACACAAAUCCAGAGUAUACAAAAAGUUUCAUAAAUUAUAAUGUGAGGAUAUCUCGCAUAGCAAGUCUGUAGCCUUUUAAACAGAAUACAUUACGACAGAUUGGCAGGUGUACCGCUAUAAUUAUACAUUUAUAUACAUUAUACACCAUAUAAAUCAUUUAUAUACAUUAGAGGCCAAAUGCAGUAACUGUAUACCUUUAUAUACAUUAGAGGCCAAAUGCAGUAACUGUAUACCUUUAUAUACAUUAGAGGCCAAAUGCAGUAACUGUAUACCUUUAUAUACAUUAGAGGCCAAAUGCAGUAACUGUAUACCUUUAUAUACAUUAGAUGCCAUAUGCAGUAACUGUAUACCUUUAUAUACAUUAGAUGCCAUAUGCAGUAACUGUUAAGUAGUAUAGCGGCAUAUCGAACGUUAUGUAAAAAGUAUGCAAACUGUUAAUUAGUAGAGGUAAUGAAUGGAUCUGAAUGAAAUGUACAUAAUGACUGCUCUAGUCCUCCUGCUCUGUACGAUGGUGCUAUAGAGCAGUCCAUUAACCUAAUGGUGGCUUUAUUUUAUGUACUCUAUAGAUUUAAAGAUGAAUUAUUUUACUUUCUUGAAAUUUAGAAUUUUUCUCAAUUUGUCUAUUUUUUAGACUCUGGGCCUCCGCAGCAGCCGCAGCCUCAGCCUCCACCCCCCUCUGAUGGACCAACUCCGCCUCCCAUAGUGCCUCCCACCUCCUCGGCACCCUAA